AUGCCGGAACUGAUCACUAGACGAGAGCCACCUUUCUUCUACAUCACUCUGAAUCGGCCGGCCAAGAAAAACGCGAUUAAUGACGAGGUGAGUGAGAGGAAAUUGGUUUCGAAAAUUGGGACUUUUUAAGGAAAACGUUGAUCUUUUUGUGGAAAAAUGUUGCGCUCUAUAGUAGGAAUAAGGAUGAAACUUUGUAUAAUAAACCGCAAAAAACGUCACAACUUUCUAAAUUUUGAGCUAAAAAUCUCGGUCUUUUCUACGAAGAACGAACUCGAAAUCUCGCACGUGUUCUAGAACAAAUUAGUCGAACCUUAUGCCAAUUUUCAUCAAAAUCAAUCAGAACCUAGCGCUGCUCGUUUAGGCUUCAAAACUUCAUUAAAAAAAGGUUUUCAGCUCUACGACGCCCUCCCAAAACUUCUGCGCCAAAUAAAUUCUGAUGACGAAAUCAUUUUUACUGUCCUUACCGGUAAGAAAAUCACGUUUUACUCCAAAACAACAUAUUGAAUUUUGCAGGAGCCGGCGAUUUCUUCAGUGCUGGCACAGAACUGACGGCAAAACAAGUUAGAAAGUGAGAAAUUUUAACAUGCGAAAAAUGUUUAUGAUUCUUUGGUUUAAAAUUCGAUUUUCAGCGUCUCCGACGCCACUCCGAAGUACAUUGAGACCGCCUCGGAACUCAUUGAGCACAAGAAAAUUGCAAUCGCUCUGCUGAAUGGACCGGCUAUCGGAAUUGCCGCCACAAUUUUGGGACUGUUCGAUUUAGUUUUGGCGACUGAGAAGGUGAUUUUUUACGACAAUUUCUUUCAAUAUUUAAAAGGUUUUUUGAGUCGCUGCACAGUGAAAAAAAUCAAAAAAGUUUAGCACAGUGCAGUUACAAUUUUUUUUCGCACAGUGCAGUCACAAAAUUUGCCUUUCGCACAGUGCAGUUAUAAAUUUUUUUUGCACAGUGCAGUCACAAAAUUAGUUUCUUGCACAGUGCAGUCACAAAAUUAGUUUCUUGCACAGUGCAGUCACAAAAUUUCUCCUUCGCACAGUGCAGUCACAAAAUUAGUUUCUUGCACAGUGCAGUCACAAAAUUUGUCUUUCGCACAGUGCAAUCACAAAAUUUGUCGUUAGCACAGUGCAAUCACAAAAUUUGUCGUUAGCACUGUGCAGUCACAAAAUUAGUUUCUUGCACAGUGCAGUCACAAAAUUUGUCGUUCGCACAGUGCAGUUAUAAACUUUUUUCGCACAGUGCAGGCACAAAAUUUGUCUUUCGCACAGUGCAGUCACAAAAUUUUUUCGCACAGUGCAGUUAUCAAUUUUUUUCGCACAGUGCAGGCACAAAAUUUGUCUUUCGCACAGUGCAGUUAUAUACUUUUUUCGCACAGUGCAGUCACAAAAUUUGCCUUUCGCACAGUGCAGUCACAAAAAUUUUUUCGCGCUGUGCAACUCACAAAAAGUUUCUUUUGUACGGUGCAAUAAACCAAAAAUUUUGUGAGAUAAAAGUUCCAUUUCUUUAGGCAUACUUCCUCCUCCCCUUCACCCAGCUGGGCUUGUUGGCCGAAGGAACUUCGUCCACCAAUUGGGUCCACACAAUGGGUCGCAUCAAAGCCGCCAAGCACUUGAUCUUCUCCGAAAAAUUGUCGGCCAAGGAGGCGCACGAGGCCGGACUGAUCUCGCACGUUUAUCCCGAGGCCAAUUUCAAGGAGGAGUGCGAAAAAUAUUUGAAAUAUUUGACCACCUUGGCGCCAGGGGUAAGUUUCGGAUCGUUUUUUUGUGGUGUGUUAUUCUUAUUUUUUUUGCGCAGUGCAAUUUUUUACUCGUCUGCACAGUGCAAAAAAAAUUUUUGAGAGUGCACGGUGGGAAAUUUUUAAAAUUUUUUGCACUGUGCAAAACGCUAAAAGAUUGCCAUAAAUUAAUUUUUUUGUAAUUUUUGGAGUAAAAAUCAACUAAUUCUUUGAAGAAAAUCUCGAAAUUCAAAAAAAAAAAAAAAAAAAAAAAAUUAAUUUUGUUCAUAAAAUUUUUAAUGUGUUUUUUGCUCGUAAUCUUACCCUAUUUUUACGAUUUUCAGUCAGUUCUGGCCGUGAAAGAAUUGAUGGUUCGCGACCUCCGCCCUCAAUGGAGAAAUACGCACGUUGAGGAGGUGAAAGCCCUGAUUCAGCGCGCCAAAGACCCUGAAAUGGCCGAAUUUAUGGCCAAAUCGAUCCAAAAACGAAAGGCCAAGAUCUGA